AUGAAGCUAUUGAGAAGAUCAAGCCAAAGAUUUUUCUCAAAAGACCUAUUUUCAGGCUUUUCUGAUUCAUAUGCAAAGUACAGGCCAGACUAUCCUGAAGAUUUAUUUACACAUUUAUCGUCGCUCACAAAUAAUCAUUUAGUCGCAUGAGACGUCGCUACCGGCUCAGGCCAAGCUGCAAAAUCUCUAUCUAAAUAUUAUUCAACCGUAAUAGCCACAGAUUCCAGCGCAAGUCAAAUAAAUAGCGCCUUGCCAAAAGACUCCUCAAACUCACUAAUUUUCGAGCAUCUCCCAGCAGAAUUGCCAAAAGAAGUAGUUGACUCUCAUAAGUAUUUGACGUAUAACAACGUAGAUUUAAUUACAGUUGCCCAAGCCAUGCAUUGAUUUAAUUUAGAAAAAUUUUAUGAUGUUGUGUAUAAGGUCUUGAAGACUGAUGGAAUUAUUGCAGCUUGGAGUUAUCAAUUGCCUGAAGUUAGCAGUGAAAUUGAUAAAAUUAUGAUGGAAAUAUAUGAAAAUGUGCUAGGGGAAAAAUAUUGGAGUCCGCUGCUGAAGCAUGUAGAUAAUGGAUAUGCAAAUUUAGAUUUUCCAUUUGAUAGAAAUGUCUCUUUACCACCUACAAAGGAAAUUAUAAAAGAAUGGAAUUUUGAGGAUUAUUGGAAUUAUCUGCAUACUUGGUCUGGCUUGCAAACAGCUAUUAAAAACUCAAACCAAGAUCCUUCACAGCCAUUUUAUGAUAAAUUUUUAGAGAUUUGGGGUAAAAAUGAAGUUAAAACAGUAAAGUUUCCAAUGAAAUUUUUAAUAGGUAGGCUUCAAUUUGAUAAGGAAAUUACUGAGGACACGAGCAUAAAAGAAAUAAACAGCUAUAUAAAAAGAUUUUCUUUUUUCCGAGCUUCACAAUCAGUGUCUGCUUUAAAUACAGUAAAGCAUCUUAUAAAUAAAAUUUCCAAUCAUUUUGAUGUGCCAACUGAUGAAGAAAUAACUGAUAUUCUAGAAUAUUUAACAGAAAUAAAAGAUUUACCAAUAAAAGCAGAAAGCGACAAUUUAAUUAUGUCACUAUUGAAAUAUAUGGUCUUGAGAAGAAAUGAAGAAUUUCUUAUUAAAUAUAUCAGUUUCCUAAGCAAAGUCACAAUAAAUGAUUCAAAUUUAUCUAAUUUUAUGGAUUAUGUCGAUCCAUUUAUUACUCUUAUUGUCAAAGGAAGCUUAGAAAUUUUUGCGAAGCCAUUUUUUAAUAAUAUAUGCAGUUAUUUGAAUAGUAUCCCUUCAAUUUCUUUAAAAAACAAAGAAAUAGUCCACUUAGCAGCUUCGCUAGCAAGGGCUGAAGGUAUUAAUUCUCGACUAGCUGACAAAAUCAUUUAUAUGAGUAUGAAUUGGGACUGUAAAGAAAGUUGAAACGAUAUAAUAGUGCUUUCAUCUUGCACUAGAGACGAAAAAAUAUGGCAAUAUAUCCGAAAAUCAAUUCUUCCUCAAACGGCCUCUACCUUAAUAUCAGCUCCCAAAAAUCUUUUUAUUAAAAAUGUUGUGAAUUAUUAUUAUUGGCCACAUUAUGAGAAAGAAUUACACGAUAUGGCAUUCAAGUGCAUUUGCAAAUUUUUUGAGAGAAAAGAUUUAAAAUGGGAAGAUGUUGAAGAAGUUUAUAGUUUUGUGACGGAUAGAUUUGAAGUUAGGCAUCUGGAACACAAAAAAGCGCUGCUCUAUGGUUCGUUAAAAUUAUACGGAAUUCUCUAUGAACCAAAAAAAAUUAAUCAAAUUUUGGACAUUUUGACAUUCAUAUCAAAAAUUUCAACUAGAGAAUUUGGGACUUUUGCCGCUCUUUAUGCUGACUUAGGUAUGAAUUAUUUUAAAUUCACAGAUAGAGAAAAAGUUACAAUAUUAGAAUGCUUAAUCUCCUUUGUUAGCGAACAAAACCAUUGAAAAAAUAUUGUUUUUGAAAAAUAAACCUAUGGGAAUAUUUUUAAUAUUUAUAUUUUUGUUGGAUAAAAUACAUUUUAAUAAAUUAUAACAAUUAGAUCAAACAAUUUAUAUUACAUUUUAGAGAAUUUGUAUUAUAAAAAAUAAUAAAUUAAAUUUUAUUUCCAAAUUUAAAUCCAUAAAAUUAUUUUACAGAUUCUCACAUUAGAAAAAUUUAGAAAAUAAGAUCUCUUGACUAUCCAGGUGGGUUAGGGAAAAGAAGCGUACAAAACAGUGAAAUUUUUGAAACAAUUUGUAGCGAAAUUCUUGCUGGCCCAGAAAAAUAUUCUAAAUAUUAUCCUCAAAUUUUAAAUGCAAUUGCAGAAGCAAAUUAUGAAAACGAGCCUUGGGCUGAACAUAUAAAAAAAUUAAUUUCAGAUUACGUGAUUAAUAACCCCAACUUAUUGCAAAAAGACCAUAACUCACUAAAAUUGUUGUGGGCCCUGAUUAAGUGUGAUGCACCUCUAAAUGCUAUAGAAAUAGCAGCAAAAUUAGUCCCUGAAGUAGAUAUGUGAAAGAAAAGCUAUUUAAAAAGAUUAGCCUGCUACUAUUAUUUCGCUGAUAAAAAUAUUGAAUUUGGCAAAAAAACAGAGUUUGAAGCGAUAAAAAAUAUAUUGAAAAACGAGAAUGAAUGGUCUAUGAAAAAAAAUUGGACAAAUAAUAUCGUUCAAGCGUUCAAUAAAUAUAAUGUUAAUUAUUCAUUAUUUGAAGAAAUAGAUGGGUUUAUCUGUCCAAUAGGAUUGCCAAGCUUGAAGACUUCUAUUUUUAUCACAACAAAUCAAAAUAUGAAUUACGAAAAAGAUUUGCCAAGAGGAGAUUUUGCGAUGCUAGAGAGGUUGAAAGAAAAAAAAGGAAUUAGGUGCUUGCAGAUUAACGGGGAAUGGAUGAAAUAUGAAAAAGGGGAUAUGCUUGAUGAAUGGCUGGCAUCAAAUUCAAUCAUUAGUAAAUAA